GUGUGUUUAGCUCGCUGAAAUAAAUAAAGCCUACAUUUUUCAAUGAUGCCCCACCCACAGGAAGUGCUACUUUCAACACACGCGACCUUCGAUUCACUUCAAGUUACACUUUCCAACAAGAACAAAGCAUGGCGAAUAAAGAGCCCGGUGGUUUGCUAGGGCAGUUGAGGCAGAUGGCUAGCAGAAUGGGCUCUGGUCCAAGGGGUGCAGGUCUUGGGUUCAAGCUUCUUAUAGGCGCAGGAGCACUUGCCUAUGGAGUCAAGGAAGCCACAUACACAGUGGAAGGUGGUCAGAGGGCCAUCAUCUUCAACAGGAUUGGUGGGAUGCAGAUGGACACGGUACUCGCUGAGGGGCUCCACGUUAGGAUACCAUGGUUCCAGUACCCUGUCAUCUAUGACAUAAGGGCGAGACCAAGAAAGAUAUCGUCCCUAACCGGAAGCAAAGACCUGCAGAUGGUGAACAUCGCCCUGCGUGUGCUGUCCCGUCCUGUGGCCUCCAACCUGCCUGCCAUGUACCAGCAGCUCGGCAAGGAUUACGAUGAGAAGGUGCUGCCAUCCAUCGUCAAUGAGGUGCUGAAGAGUGUGGUGGCCAAGUUCAACGCCUCGCAGCUCAUCACACAGAGAGCUCAGGUGUCCCUGAUGAUUCGGCGGGAGCUCUUUGAACGGGCCAAGGACUUCAACAUCAUCCUGGACGAUGUGGCCAUCACCGAGCUGAGCUUCAGCAGGGAGUACACUGCCGCGGUGGAAGCAAAGCAAGUCGCCCAACAGGAGGCACAGAGGGCCUUCUUCUAUGUGGAGAAAGCCCUGCAGGACCAGAGGCAGAAGAUUAUCCAGGCUGAAGGAGAGGCAGAGGCUGCUAAAAUGUUGGGUGAGGCGGUGACAAAGAACCCUGGCUACCUGAAACUCCGGAAGAUCCGAGCAGCUCAGAACAUUGCCAAGACUGUGGCGACAUCGCAGAACAAGGUGUACCUGAGUGCAGAUAACCUAGUGUUGAACCUCCAGGACAACACGAGCAACAGCUUCAGCAAUUUGAGCAGGUUGGGAGAAAUAGGCUGGACGAGCCCUGAGAUUAUCAGCAAGGCUGUUCAAGAGACUCUUCCAGAGAUUGAGGGAGAAUUGAAGACCCCUGAGACAGCCAGUGUUCCUGCGAUGCUUCCAGGGAUUGAGGGAGAAUUGAAGACCCCUGAGACAGCCAGUGUUCCUGCGAUGCUUCCAGAGAUUGAGGAACAACACUUCUCGAAGAGCCCUGAUAUUGUCAGCAUGGCUGUUCCAACGAUUGAGGAGGAACGUGAAUUGAAGUUCCAUGAGAUGGUCGUUGUUCCAGAGACAUGGAGUGAGGCGGGAGAAUACCCGGUCCCCCAUAUUGCGGCGGCGGCGGGUCCUGGGGAUGUGGCGCAAAAUGGCGAGGCUUGAAUGUAGGGUGCGUGGAUGGGGAGGGGUUAAGACAAUUUCUUACCCAAUGGUGAACAGAGUACUGGUAACAUGCAUGGGAAAGAAUAAUUAUUUGAUCAACUAAAAUAUAUACAAAGUAUAUCAUCAAACUGUCUGCUUGUGAACGGCCUUGUCUUAAAAUGUUUCCUCUUUUUAUUGAUAUGCUUUUUUCCCAUUUUU